UAAAUUAAUACUUCUGCCAUUUGUGACAAAUAGAAUUUUAAUUACACAAAAUGAACAUAGAUGUUGAGGAAAACAAAAGACACCCCAAACUCAGGGUCGAAUUCCGAAAGGAUUCCUCCACACUUCUUCGACGUGGUUCGGUCCGUUCAAAAUCAUCACAAGGGACUUUCAAUAGGGAGAUUGUUGUUUUACUAACGGAAAGAAAAGGUCGCAAGUUAGUAGACAAUGGAUAUAAUGUGGCACCGAAAAUUCUUGUCAGCGUUCAAGCUUCAGAUAAGUUUCAAAAUUUGGUUUCAAAAGUGGAAGAAUUGUUGGGACUGACGCAGGAUAAGGGAAAGAUAAUGCGGAUAGAAGAUAUCAGCGUGAAACAUAGUUUUACGACAUUGAAUGUUACAAUGGAUGAUAUAGCUACGCAGAUAACGCUCAGCAUCCGAUCAUCAACAGAUAUCCCACUUCUUCGCACCUCGUCUGAAUCAGAAGAAGAACUGGUUGAGUACCAUAAGAUGCCGUCAUACAUUAAAAUAAUCCUUAAAGAAACUGAGGACAUUUUACUAUUCGAAAAAAAUAGUGUAACAGUUGAACGAGAUUCUGAAGAAGCACCUGCCGUUUUGGAGGAUAACGACGCAUACGAUUUCCUAACUGUUGGCAAGGGGAAGAACCGGCGAAGAAUGGAAGCAGAAUCUCAAACUGUCGAAAUUUUAUAUAAGACGCGAACAGCUAACACAGAACGAAUUCGAAAGCUGGACGUAGGGACAUUUGUGUCUAACUACGACAUGUUUGAUACCUAUGCUGAUAUAGAAACUGAGGUCAUGAAAAUAGAAACCGAGGAUGCUUAUGAUAACAUCGACGUGACAACUUAUAAAUACAAAGGGGUUGACCAGUUCGAAUCCCUGAAAUCUCUACCAAGCUUUCAGCUCGCUGUCAUGUUGACGCAAAGACUUCUUGCUGGAAAUGUUUAUCGUGAAGAGCAAAGACGAUUCCGAAAUAUGUACCUUCCAGAUCCAUUAUCUUUAGACGUGAAGUACUUUUAUCGGUUGAGGGACUUAUGGAGUUACAAAACUGUUGAGGCGACUGGAAAGGCUGUCGCCUGCCUUGAUUGGUGUCCCGCUAAUAGUGACCUUUUGGCAGUUGCCUAUGGCGUUUUCAAUUUCAUCCCCCAUGAAGACCGUCGUUUUGGAGUGGUAUGUAUAUGGAGCAUCAAGAAUCCAGUGAAUCCUGAAAGGAAAUAUCGUUAUCCAUACCCGGUAACCGCGUUAUCAUUCUCAAAGAAAAACCCACAACUUUUAGCCGUUGGUCUUUACAAUGGCGAGGUUCAAGUUGUGGACAUUACGGAGAGGAAACUGGAAGACGCUCUAGUUGCGGUCUCCCAAAGGAGCACGUCUCCCGGAACAGAGCCAGUGACAGAAAUUAAGUGGAUCAAUGUGCAUAGUUGUGAUGGCUUGGAUCGGCAACAACUGCUCACCUCGUCUGAGGAUGGAAUUAUAAUGAAGUAUUCCUUAACUUCUGGACUAUUCCUUGUUGGAUUCAAACAGAUGAAACUGGAUCGCGUUGAAGGGAUAGUCGAGGGAAUCCAUGUGAAUAGAAGGACGGACUUCAUUGAAGCUAAUCGAAAUCCGCAGGCACUGAUGUUGAAAAUUCAUCCGGAGAAACCGGAUACGUACUUUGUUGGAACAGAUGAAGGAUGCAUGCAUAGGUGUUCUACGAACUAUCCUCAUCAGCAUACUGAUAUCUUUCAAAUUCACAAUGGAGGAGUAUUUUCUAUGGAAUAUUCACCUUGGAGUCCGAAAAUAUUUCUUACAUGUGGUAGCGACUGGUGCAUUCGUGUUUGGUGUGAAUCAGUUUUCCAACCCCUCAUGUACCUAUCAAGCGGUAUUGGUCCAGUGCAGUCAGCAUGUUGGAGCCCUAUUCAUUCAACUAUUAUCCUUGGAGCUACUAGAAAUGCUGUCGAAAUUUGGGACAUCCGACGAAAUAUAUUGAAGCCAGUGUCAACACGGGUUUUUGGGUCCGGUGCUGUGUUCCUAACUACAGCUUGCUUUUCCACUUGUGGGCGUUCUAUAGUUGUUGGCGAUGAGGAAGGAGUCAUCCAUGUGUGUGCUUUAGAGGAUAUGCCAUUUCCACCUCAUUUUCAAUACAAGCAAUUGGAGUCGGCUAUAUUCAAAGCACUUGUUGCAAAUCCGGAGCUUACGCGACAAGUGGAAAGUUUAGGAUGUUUAGGAUAUCCAAAUGGAGGUCGACGUACUGAAAUAUAG